AUGCUUACAUUUUAAGAUGAUACUGUUUUUGGCAAUGAAGAGAGCUUAUAAAAUAAAAAAAGAGCCUUUGUUUUUAAUUAAGAAGACCAUCAUGGAUUACAAAAUAUAAGCUUAAAAAAAGAAACAUUUGUUACAAUGAAUGAUUCAUUUAUCCAAAAAUCAUUAUGCGAUAUUUCUGCUAAAGAGAGUCUUCCAAGACCUGAUAUUAAAUAAGAUAAUUCAAAUGAAAGUAACUCUAAAGUUAUUUCAAAUGUGAAUAGCUUAAAUGUCUAAAGUUUACAAUUGAAUUUGAGCUUUACUAAAAGAAAAUAAUCUAAAAUGAUUAUAUAGAAAGUUAUCAAGAAAUACAAGGCUGUUUAGUAAGCUUUCUCUAAGUUAGUUUAGAUCAAUAGGUGA